GUGUGUGCGAGUGUGCGCGGACGCGCGCGGGCCCGGGAGGAGGCUCCCGAGCGAGUGGGUCCCGGCGGCCGCAGCCCGCUCCCCGCGGCCCCGAUGUGAGGGAGUCGGGGAGGCCAGCGGUGCGGCAGGGGAGGGCGAGGCAUGUGCACGGGCCGGGGGGUACAGCAGCCGCCCGAGGACGAGGGGGACGGCGGCGGCGAGGAGGAGAGCGGGGGGCUCGCGGCGGCGGGUCCGGGCCGAGGGGAUGCAGCGGACUGCGUGUGUCUGGCUGUAGCGGGAGCGAGGCGGCGACGAGGCGCGGGGGACCCGCGUGAGGGGCGACCAGGAGGCGGCGGCGGCGGCGAGGAGUAGCGGCGGGACCGGCGGCGAGGGCAGCACUGCCAUGCACGUUCCUCUCCCGCGGCCAUGUUAACCAGGAAACCUUCGGCCGCCGCUCCCGCCGCCUACCCGACCGGCCGAGGAGGGGACACCGCCGUUCGCCAGCUUCAGGCUUCCCCGGGGAUCGGCGCGGGGGCUCCCCGAAGCGGAGUGGGGACCGGCCCGCCCUCCCCCAUCGCCCUGCCUCCUCUCCGGGCCAGCAACGCUACCACUACAGCCCACACGAUUGGCGGCGGUAAGCACACCAUGAAUGACCACCUCCACCUCAACAGCCACAGCCACGGACAGAUCCAGGUUCAGCAGCUGUUCGAGGAUAACAGUAACAAAAGGACAGUGCUCACAACACAGCCCAAUGGGCUUACGACGGUGGGCAAGACGGGUUUACCUGGGGUGCCCGAGCGGCAGCUGGAGAGCAUUCACCGACGGCAGGGCAGCUCCACCUCUCUGAAGUCCAUGGAAGGCAUGGGGAAGGUAAAAGCCACCCCCAUGACGCCCGAACAAGCGAUGAAGCAAUACAUGCAAAAACUCACAGCCUUCGAACAUCAUGAGAUUUUUAGCUACCCUGAAAUAUACUUCUUGGGUCCAAAUGCAAAGAAACGUCAAGGCAUGACUGGUGGACCCAACAACGGUGGUUAUGACGACGACCAGGGAUCGUACGUGCAGGUGCCCCAUGAUCACGUGGCUUACAGGUACGAGGUCCUCAAGGUCAUUGGGAAGGGGAGCUUUGGGCAGGUGGUCAAGGCCUAUGACCACAAAGUCCACCAGCACGUGGCCCUGAAGAUGGUGCGGAACGAGAAGCGCUUCCACCGGCAGGCGGCCGAGGAGAUCCGGAUCUUGGAACACCUACGGAAGCAGGACAAGGACAACACCAUGAACGUCAUCCACAUGCUAGAGAACUUCACCUUCCGCAACCACAUCUGCAUGACGUUCGAGUUGCUGAGCAUGAACCUCUAUGAGCUCAUCAAGAAGAAUAAGUUUCAGGGCUUCAGCCUGCCUCUGGUGCGCAAGUUUGCCCAUUCGAUUCUGCAGUGCUUGGAUGCUUUGCACAAGAACAGAAUAAUCCACUGUGACCUUAAGCCCGAGAACAUUUUGUUAAAGCAGCAGGGUCGAAGCAGUAUUAAAGUGAUUGACUUUGGCUCCAGUUGUUACGAGCACCAACGCGUCUACACGUACAUCCAGUCACGCUUUUACCGGGCACCGGAAGUGAUCCUCGGAGCCAGGUAUGGCAUGCCCAUAGACAUGUGGAGCCUGGGUUGCAUCCUCGCGGAACUUCUGACGGGUUACCCCCUCUUGCCUGGGGAGGAUGAAGGGGACCAGCUGGCUUGUAUGAUCGAGCUUUUGGGCAUGCCCUCUCAAAAACUCCUGGAUGCUUCCAAACGAGCCAAAAAUUUCGUGAGCUCAAAGGGUUACCCCCGGUACUGCACUGUUACGACUCUUUCAGAUGGCUCUGUGGUCCUCAAUGGAGGCCGAUCCCGGAGAGGGAAACUAAGGGGUCCGCCAGAGAGCAGAGAGUGGGGGAACGCACUGAAGGGAUGUGACGAUCCUCUUUUCCUUGACUUCUUAAAACAGUGUUUAGAGUGGGAUCCCGCGGUCCGCAUGACCCCGGGCCAGGCUUUGCGGCACCCGUGGCUUAGGAGGCGCUUGCCCAAGCCUCCGACCGGGGAGAAGACAGCGCUGAAGAGGGUCACAGAGAGUACUGGUGCUAUCACCUCCAUUUCCAAGUUACCUCCACCCUCCAGUUCAGCUUCCAAGCUGAGGACUAACUUGGCACAGAUGACAGAUGCCAAUGGGAAUAUUCAGCAGAGGACAGUGUUGCCAAAACUCGUUAGCUGAGCUCUAGUGCCCCUGAUGCUGGCAAUCUGAAGAGAGAGAAAAACAAACCGCGUUCUAGCUGAGCCUUACUGGGUUGAAAAAGUGUAGCGCAGACCUGUUUUUAUUUGCUCAAUAACUCGACUCAUUUGUAUCUUUUCAGCACUUGAUGUAAGACUGUUUUGUUUUUAUAAAAUACAUGGGGACAAUGCUUUAAGUUUUUAUACUUUCUGAAACUUUUUUUUUUCUUCCUUGUGUUUCUAAAAGUACUAUGAGUCUUACUGUAUUUAGUGUGGCAGAGAAAUCACAUUGGUGGCAGGCCAUUGAUUCUUCAUGACUGCCACACAUUUACAGAUUGGUCAAACACAUUCACUCUGUUUUCGUCCCACUCCCCGGCGAGGUGACCCCCUGAGGCCCUCCUCCUCUCUCCCGGCUCCAGGUUCACACGGAAGCAGCCCGCCUUGCCUCCAUUUUUCAUAAAUUAAUCUGGGUCAGAGUGGAGGAGGGAGAAGGGGGGCCGGGGUGAAAUAUCUCUUAAGGAAAACUGCACUUUCGAGAUUUUCUUUCUUUCCUCACGGUCUGUUCAAAUGAUUACAAAAUAGGAUUGCCCGCUUUCAACUGCCCACUUAACAUUCUGAUGUGCUUAAGCCACGGAGCCGAGCCGCGUUUAGUGGAUAAGUGGAGACUGAGAUGUGUCCGUUCCUCCCGAGGCACACGCUGGGAUGAUGGCGGGCAGUCAUAAUCAGGAAGCCUUCUGGUUGUGGAAUUGCUUUUGCACCUAAUUUUAAGGACCCUCCCUCCCCCACAAUGUUCCCUGCUGCCUUUUCUCAUUUGCUCCUCUUCCACCAAACACAUCUGUUGCCUGCAUUUAGUCUGUCUUUUUGUCCAUCCCAGACCGAUAACACAGAGACAUUUCAGCUGCCAUUCUGUCUACAGUUUCGUACCCGUUUCCAAAAGAACAUCGGCCUAGCUACCUAAGGUGGGGGUUUCCAUAGUUCCAAAGAAGAGUUAGCGGACCGACUGGAGUCAGUUCACACUGCAGGUGCCACAGAGGUUCCCUUAGCCUGGGAAAGCAUCAGCUCUUUGAAAGAAAAGGGGUUGAAAAGGGAGGAGAAAUUCCAACGUCAAAUUAAAUGGCCUGACUUAUUCUCUGAUUCACUAGAAGAGCCACAGGAAACACACGAUUCCUCUGUUGAAUUGGACUUUCUUUUGAAUCGCACUGAGUGUUUUUGUGGGGAAUGACGCUUUACCUGAGAGAGUAACUGAGAGUUAGGUAAAAGAAUAUUUUCUUCUCUGAAUAAUAAUUAUUUUCACAGUGAAAAUUUCAGUAUUUUAUCACUAAUGUAUGAACAGUGAUAUAUAUCAAUUUCAAGGCACGUGGAAAGAAUUUUUUUAGUAUGUGCAAUUUAAUAGAGGAAGAUUUCUGCCUGUUUGGACAAUAGGUUUUGGAUAGUAAAAAUUAGGAUAAAUAAUCUUUUAUAUGCACAGAUAUUAUUGUAUUGCCUGUAAAUCGAUUUACAAGUACUUAAAGCACGGUCCCCAGCGAGGCCAAGAAAGUUUCCGGUUAAGUUUUUUUAAUUCUACGUUUUCUCUUACUUAAAAAAAAAGAAAAAAGAAAAAAAAAAAAAA